UCCACUCGUAUUCCAGUUACAGAAGUUCCACUAUCUAAUCAUUAAAAAUUUUAAACUGCACUGCUUAUAACCGAUCAACAGAUCGGUGUUGAUCGUGGAAAUUGGAAAAAUUAAACUUGAAUACGAACCGAUUGGGUAAUAAAUAUUAUUUUUGUUACACAACCGUUUUUCCAAAAAAAAGUUUAAAAUUAACUUCUUGUAAUAAAUAUUAACAUUAUAGUAUCUUGUUAUAUUGUAGUCGUUAAUCGUUACUUGUACAUCAAUUCAUCUUAUCUUUAUUUUUAUUGGUAAUGUACAUGUUGUAAGUUCGAUUAUUGAACAAUGGACAUUAAUAGUGUGCAACGUGCAGACUGGGAAAGAAGAAGAAAAAUUCGACUAGCUCAGGUUAGAGACCAAUCUAAAGCAUUAGCUAAAACAAUACGCGAUCGUGUCCAUGAAGCUGUCGAAAUUCAGUUAGAACAACGUGAGACAGCAAGAAAUACAACAGAACAUAAAUUUAAAUCUCUAGCAUUGAAGAAGUUAAAAAGUGAUUUUAAUUAUUUAAUACAAGAUGUUGGCAAUGGUUACAAUGUUGCAUCAACUCAACACGAUCCAAGUGUAGUAUUGGCUGAGAAACGAUUGAUAGACCGUUGUAAAGCAAUAUCAAGGGGUGCUGAAGCAGAAAAACGACAACAACGGAUCCAAGAAGAACAACAGAUGGACAAAGAUAUGAGAGAUAGAAGAACACAUUUCAAUAAGACUGUUGAAAAAAUACGGUCCAAACUAAUAACAAGUGUACAAAAUGUUAAUAAUGAUAAUACUCACAAACGUAAUAUCAAAGAACAUAAUGAAUGUUUCCUAAUUCCAAGUCAAGUAACUUUAAAUGAAUCAAAUAUUAUGAAUCUUAAUUGUAAUAAAAAAUCUUCAAAACCUUGGUCAAUGGUUGUUAGUUCUAAAGAAAAUCAAAUAAAAAAAUUACACGAACCAACAACAUGUGAUGAAAAUAAAGAAAAUGAAAAAGACAUUUCUAAAUUUUCAAAGUUAGAAACCGAUUUGAAAACCUACAAAACAUUAGUUUUAGAACUAAAUAAAUUAUCUGCUGAAGAACUUAACAUAAGAAACAAAUUAUUUCCAUCUAACAAGUUGAAAGAAGUACCUAUGACAUGUCAAAAUAAUGUACCCUCAGAGUCUGAAGAAAAAACUCAACCAAAAGAAAUUAAUAGAAAAAAACAAAUAUCAAAUAGAAGAACUAAGUUAAAUGAAAUUAAAAAACAGAUAACUGAAAUAAGACUAAAUGAUUCAAAUACGUCCACAUCUAUAUGUAUAUCAUCAUCCACAUCAACCAGUACAAAUUAUGAACAACCUACAAAGAAAACUAUUCAUUUUGAAAACAUAAGCAAAAAGAAAAUUCAACAACCAAAUACUAAGUUGAAUUAUAAAGAAAAAUUUACUUCUGGAAAACCUUUACAAAAUAUAAAUAAUACAUUGCAACGAAUAAAAAAUAAAAAACAACUUCUGGUAAAAGAGAUAACUGCUGGCACUAGUGUAAAAAAUGGUGCUGAUGUCAAAAAAAUGAAGACAAUUUCUACAAUUUCUAAAAAUACAUCUAUACCCAAAAGAUGUUGUGCUGGUGAUGAUUUACGAGAGGAAAUUCCUGUAAAUUAUGCUCAACUUCCAGAUUCGUUUUACAAUAGCCAACUUGAUGUGCUAAAAGAACAGGUAUCAAAGAAAAAAAUUGAAUGCCUUGAUUCCAAAAACCAUUUGUCAAUAAAUGAAAAUCUUAUGGGAUACAUAAAUAUAUUAUUAAAAAUGUCACCUUCCGAUGUAGAUAAUUUAUCGAUUUCGUCUUGUUCAAGUGUUAAAUUGGAGGAAAGUAUUUUACAGUGUUCAGAAAAAGAUACUCAAUAUUACUGCAAAAUGUUAAACUGUAUAUCAAAAUGCUUGAAUUUAGAUAUUUCUGAUAUAAAUCAAGACACGGUGUUUAAUUCACCCCAAAAUAUAAAUUUAUUAAAUAGACUUCAACAAUUAACAGAUUAUUAUUUAGAAAAAACUCAUGAAAUGAAAAAUAUCUGUAAUGAAUCUUCUCAGAUUUUAAAUGAAAAAGAUUACAAUAAUGAUACUAAUACUAUUAAAAAAAAUUGUUCUGUCAAUUUAUCUUCAGACUCAUCAGUUGAUGAAGAAUAUAUAUUAGCAAAUUUAAAUAAAUUGUUACAAAAAAGGGGGAUUAUUAAUUCUGACAAAGAAUGGCCUAUGUUCAAACAAAUUAAUGAUGAUGAUGAUAAUGAUGAUGAUGAUAGAAGUUUAACUGAUCAACUGUUAGAUAUACACCCGUGUAAAUCAUAUGAUAGGUGAAACAUAUUAUAUAUAAAUUAUUGAUAGAUUGAAAAAAAUUAGAGGUAAUUAUUUCUAUAUAUUUUAUCAAUUUAAUAGUAUUCACUUGUGGUUUAGUGCUAAGCAUACUAAGCCAAUCAAUAGUAAUUAUGUUUAUGUUAUCACAAACAUUUUUAAUUAAUUAUAUUAUUAACUAUACAGAUUUAAUUUUAUUCUUA